AUGCAACCUCGAGGUCGUCCUUCUCAGACCGGCAAUAAAAACUUUGGACUGGAUGAAUCGCGCAACAGAUUCCAAAUGGAACUGGAGUUUGUACAAUGUCUUGCCAAUCCGAGCUACCUAAACUUCCUUGCACAACAGGGUUGGUUUGAAAAGGCGAAUUUUAUAAAAUAUUUGAAGUACUUACAAUACUGGAAAGAACCCGGGUAUUCAAGGUACCUCAUUUAUCCAUAUUGCCUUCAUAUGCUGGACCUCUUACAACAUGCAGAAUUUCGCUUAGCUCUGGCAAGGGGUCAAAUAUGCCGUAUGAUUGAUGACCAAAUCCUUCUUCAUUGGCAGCAUUAUAUGCGCAAACGUGCUGCUCUAAUAGCCAACAUGUUGAAGAACGAUCCAACCCACUUGACUUUAACACUAAGUUGUGAAAUUUACUGUGCAUCAAUACAUUUUACUUUCCUCAUUGGCUUUCUCCAUAAAUUUAACUUCAUAUGUUACUACCUUUUUAAAAUUCAGGCUACUAGUCACCUGUCUUUAUCUAUGUCAUUGAGCGUAUCCGACUAUUGUUCCCUAACUUAUCUGAGUCAACUGCCAGAUAACCUACACUUCCUUGGUUCCAUCAUGCGAGCUAUGUGA